CCGCGCGAACGACGCCUUAGUUGAUCUCAGUUCUUCGAGCAGGACGCUCCGAUUAAACUUAAACAGUGUGUAUAAUCAGUAUUCGUGUGUUGCGCAGUUGUUCCUCUUGAUAGGAGGCGACCGACGGUUGAUAAGCUUCAACGAUGUGGUUCUUCAAGGUGGGAGCCGUGUUGCUUCUGGCUGCAUUAGCUGCAGCCCAAAACAGCACUACCGGUUCCAAGGUGCUGUGCUACUACGAUGGACAGAUGUCACUUCGCGAAGGUCUGGGUAAAGUAACCGUACCGGACAUUGAGCUUGCCCUGCCAUUCUGUACUCAUCUGCUGUACGGUUUCGCCGGAAUCAACCCGGAAACAUAUAAGCUGAAAGCCGUAGACGAGAGCCUUGAUUUGGACUCGGGCAAGGGUCAGUACCGAUUGGCCACUACGUUGAAGCGCCGCUAUCCCAACCUCAAGGUGUUGCUCAGUGUCGGCGGUUAUAAAGAUCUAGCUGAAGAAAAGCCGUUCGAAAAGUACUUGAGUAUCCUGGAGUCCGCCGGAUCCAGAACGGCAUUCGUGAACUCGGUGUACUCAACCUUGAAGACAUACGAAUUUGAUGGACUAGAUUUGGCAUGGCAGUUCCCUCAAACCAAACCGAAGCGUAUCCGUGGCUGGACCGGCAAGGUGUGGCAUGGAUUCAAGAAACUUUUCACCGGAGACAGCGUGCUGGAUCCCAAGGCCGAAGAGCACCGUGAAGAAUUCACGGCUUUGGUGCGCGAUUUGAAGAAUGCUCUGGCACCGGAGAAGUUUAUGCUUGGAUUGACAGUGCUGCCGCAUGUAAACGAGAGCAUCUUUAUGGAUGUGCCACUGUUGAAGGAUAACUUGGACUAUGUGAACUUGGCUUCGUUCGAUCAGCAGACACCGGAACGGAACCCGAAGGAAGGGGACUACACCGCUCCGAUCUACGAGCCAAGUGAACGUGUGGAAGGAAACAAUCUUGAUGCUGAGGCGAGCUAUUGGUUGAAACAAGGAACCCCGCCCAGCAAGGUCGUCGUUGGCAUUCCCACCUAUGGUCGCGGUUGGAAGCUGGUGGAAAAAUCCGGCAUUACCGGGGUUCCCCCAAUUCCAGCUGAUGGACCAUCCAGCCCAGGACCGUACUCCGGUAUCAACGGAUUCUACAGCUGGGCUGAAGUGUGUGCCAAACUGCCCAAUCCAGGCAACGCCAACCUGCAGGGAGCCGAACAACCGUUGCGCAAGAUUGGGGACCCAACGCGCCGCUUCGGAGCCUACGCCUUCCGCAUUCCGGACGAAAAUGAGGAACACGGAAUUUGGCUGUCAUACGAGGACCCGGACACCGCCGGAAACAAAGCUGCGUAUGUUAAGGCUAAGGGACUGGGUGGAAUUUCCAUUUUCGAUCUGGGAAAUGACGAUGUACGUGGGUCUUGCGCAGGGGAUAAGUUCCCUAUUCUGAGGGCUGCCAAGUACAGGUUGUAGAUUUGUGACUUCGGUUGAAUAGUCGAAUAAGCAUAUUAUAUUUCAUGACAGGUAAUAAAGAAAUGACUAGCUUUUUAUGUAUUUAAAGACA